CACCUUCCUUCCUAAGCACAGUCCUCCUCCUGAUGCUUCCUGUUCCGGGCCUUUGGUACCACUGAAGUGAGUAGUGUGGUUGGCAUGAUUCCGUCUACCCUUCACCUGGCAGCUCCACCAGGGCAAAGCUCUGCCUUCGGACUUCUUCAGUGUCCAGAGAGCCUAUCCCAUAGGGUGGCACAAAGCAGGCGCUGCGGACGCUCAAGGGAUAUCUGCUCAAUGAAUGCAAUAACCAAUGACUAUCGACGGGCCCCCAUAGGCCCACUAGAGGCCCCAUGCAGCCUCCACCGUUGGCCUCCCAGGGAAGUCCUCCACCAAGUACCCCCUCUUCCUCUGUCGAAGAUGCACUGGACACCGGAACACGCCCAGCCCCUCAACCAGUGGCCAGAGCAGCACCUGGACGUCUCCUCCACCACCCCGUCACCAGCCCACAAGUUGGAGCUGCCCCCUGGGAGUCGCCAGCGCUGCCACUAUGCUUGGGCACACGACGACAUCUCCGCCCUCACGGCCUCCAACCUCCUCAAGCGCUACGCAGAGAAGUAUUCUGGGGUCCUGGACUCGCCCUACGAGCGCCCAGGCCUGGGCGGCUACGGCGACGCCUCCUUCCUCAACGGCGCCAAGGGGGACACGGAGCCCUGGCCGGGGCCGGAGCCGCCCUACCCCUUGGCCUCGCUCCACGAGGGCCUCCCGGGAGCCAAGUCGGGCGGCGGGGGCGGAGCCGCGGGCCUCGGGGGCUCCCCGGUUUUAGCCGGGAACCUGCCUGAGCCGCUGUACGCCGGCAACGCGUGCGGAGGCCCGUCGGCGGCGCCCGAGUACACGGCGGGCUACGGCGGCGGCUACCUGGCGCCCGGGGCCGUGGUCCUCAUCUGCGAGCUGGACGCGCUGCUCCCCUCCCGGGACGACGGCGCCGGCGCGCCGGGCGCACUGCAGUCCCAGCUCCUGGCCUGUCUGGACAGCGGCUGCGGCGCGCGCGCCGACGGCGUCCUGGUGGUGGGAACCACCUCGCGGCCCGCGGCCCUGGACGAGGUGACUCGCCGGCGCUUUGCCCUCCGCUUCUACGUGGCUCUGCCGGACAGUGCAGCCCGCGGGCAGAUCCUGCAGCGGGCGCUGGCCCAGCAGGGCUGUGCGCUGAGCGAGCGGGAGCUCUCGGCCCUCGUGCAGGGCACCCAGGGCUUCUCCGGGGGCGAGCUGGGGCAGCUGUGCCAGCAGGCGGCGGCCGGGGCGGGCCUCCCGGGGCUGCAGCGCCCCCUCUCGUACAAGGACUUGGAGGUGGCGCUAGCCAAGGUGGGCCCGAGAGCCUCCCCCAAGGAGCUGGACUCGUUCGUGGAGUGGGACAAGAUGUACGGCUCCGGACACUGAUGGCGCGCGCGGGAGGCCGCGGGGGCCGCCUCUGCUGGGGCGAAUGUCUUUGACCAGACCGGGCCGGGAGGGUGCCCGAGUGGCGCAUGUCGGGUGGGGGGCGGGACUGCCCUGCUGGCGGAUUUGUUUUUCAUAGGAAGGAAAAUGCUUCUGCCAGGCAGACUGAUGCCAUGUGCGCCGUGUACUCAGGUUUUUCCUAUUUAUUGUAGACGGGAAGCUCGCCAUCCCCGCCCGGCGGAAGGGGCAGACCCUGCACGGGCUACUACCCGGGCCUAGGAAGCUCCUGCCCUGCUUUUGUCUCUCACUCUCUGAAUGGCACCCACACCUCCCCACCCCCACUUCUCUGCAUUUGCUUAGUCUUUCCUGUCGCUUUGUCACCGACCUCCCCCACCACGCUGUCGCAGUUCCUCUUCUGCCCCUCCCUCGUGUCGCCACCUCUCCAUCUAUCACUCUGUGCUUCUGUCUGUCCCGCGUGCUUGGGCGUCCUGUGCCUCUUGGUCCCUGUGCUUUCACGCCGCUCCCUGCCUUCUGUCCCCCAUUCACACUGCAGUGUCCUUUUGCAGGAGAUCCGGAGGCCCAGGGCUGAGGAGGAGGGGAGUGGGGAACCCCUUUCCACUCCCUUACCCUUACCCAGCUGAAAAUUUGGGUCUGGGGAAGGGGAACAAGCCAAAACAAACAAACCAAAAAACCCCCGAAGAAGAGUUUUGGGGGGUUGUUUUUGAGGGGAAGUCCCAGAAACGUAGCUUAAUAUUUUAGACCUUUUAUUUUUGUAAGACGUGUAGAAUUUGCUGUUUUUCUUUUUUCUUUUGACAACUCAGGAAGAAACUGACCUCAGAAAGAAUGUUGGACUGUGGCUGCUCUCCUGUGUGUCCCCCACCCCUUGCCCCCUACCCUGGGGGAGCAACUCCUCCCAGAAGCUUCAGAAAGAGACUUGUGGGAAGGGCAGAGGAAGACCCAGAUCCUCACUCAGACCUGGGGUGGCCCUGGGACAGAAGCAGAAUGUAUUUCUAAGGGCUUCCUUCUCCCCGGGCCCCAGGAGGUGGCAGGGAUGCCUCGAGCGGGUGUGGGGCUCGAGGGGGGCCGAUCAUGCUUCCUUCCCGCUGCUCUGCCCUCUGCGCCCCACCCUUCAGUGUCAGCUUUUCUGUGAAAGGUUAUCCAGAGUCGGGGUUUCCUUGCUCAUUUUCUGUUCUAGCAAGAGUGCCCAGUGGGAAGGUGACACAGGCAGAAGGUUCCCAAGGAGGUCAUCCCACCUGCCCCCUGCCUUGGCAGAGGUCCCCGGUUGCUUAGGCUAAGAGCUUAUUGCCUUAGGAGGGAAGACGGUCUGCCGUGAGCGUGAGUCAGCACAGCACCGACUGCUAGCCUGCAGCUGCCCUCUGUGCUGUGUCCCACGCUGGGGCUGGCCGGGUGGGGAGUGCCUCCUUGCUCCCUUCCCGUCCUGGGGUGGGCAGGGUGUUCUUCCCUCACACGAGAGUGGGGUUAGUGUGUGUGGAGGGGGGGGGUUCCAGCCAGCUUGAAGCCCUACUGUCUGGGAAACAUACUCCUCUCCUUCCCGCCAGUUUUCCUCGAUGCCCCUCCCCCCCCAACCUCACAACUCAGUUUAGGUCCAAAGGGGGGGAAAUACCCUCCCAUCUCUUUUUUCUCCCCCUCCCAACCUCCCUUGGGGUUCCCUUCCUGCCCCUAUAGCUCCUAAAGUCUUACAACUUUGCUCUCCUAAUGGGUGUGUGUGGAGGGGUUCCCAUGGGGCAUUUCAGGGGCCAGGAUGCAGAGGGCUUGUGCUGGCCAGAGAGUGCUAAACAGGAAAGCUGCUGUCUCCCCCUCCUCACCCUUGGCCUCCUUCUGACUCUCCUUGGCUGAUCCAUUGCAGGGCUUGGUGCCUCAGAAGCAGUGGCCACAGAAUUUGCUGCAAAAACCCCCAGAGGGAGCAGGCAGUGAAGGGGUUGUCUCUCAGGUGUGUGUGUGUGGUGGGGUGGAGGGUGGCAGGGAAGUGGGGUUGGGAUCCCAGCCUGCCAUUCAGAGGCAGGCAGCCCUGGGGGUGGGCAGGAACUCUCAGGACCCCCCACUGCUUCUGCUAGGAGCUUCCUGUUCCCCAGGCUUAGGAAGGUUUGCACAAGAAGAUAGCCCCCAGUCUACUGUCACCUACCUCAGGGGCACAGGGUGGGAAGGGUAGGGCAGGUCCAGCUCUGGCGACGCUGUGGGGGCAUACCAAAGAAUCCAGGGGCAUGGUGCUGGGGAGGGCAAGCUGGCCAUCUGCUUCCUCACCCACACUGGGGUUGGGACCCUCUCCUCCAGCUGUAACCAUUUCUACCUCAUUUUGCUGUGUUGUACAUGGACAUAUUUAUCUCCUGUCUGACGAUGCUCUGCAGUUGUGGUCUGUCUACCUCAGAAGAGACUGUAUUUUAAAAGAAAGUAUUACACAGUAUUAAAGUGA